AUGCCUACUACACUACUGCUCACUCCCUCACCCUAUGAUCCAUCCCUGCGCGGCCCGCCCCGUUUCCCUGGUCCCUGGGUGUCUAGACUACACCCGGCUUGCUAUCGAACAAGAGCAGAUUUCGAUUUCCUUCCCCACCAGCCGUCUUGGGUAUCAACACCUCCACUGGCCUUCAUACUGCUAGCUAGCUACUUCGGCCGUGAUGCGUCUCUCGGUCCCGAUGGCAGACGCAGACGGGGCGCCACCGCAAAGCCUCUCGGCUGCAUGUGUGUGAUACGGAUACCAGCCCGAGGAAGGCCUGUCGACCAUUUUCAUGUCAGCGUCUCGGCCUCUUUGAUAGGCGAGGCGGACGGUCUUCAUCCACACAGGGUCGCUGCUUAA